AUGGUCUUUAAUUUGAAAAGAAUUAUUUUACUCGUGCUAUUCGCAUUAUCUUUUGCAGCCGCACAUCCAUUUCAUAAAUUUGAAUCACGAGCACAGCAUGAUCGAAGAGCACCAAUUCCCUUGGUUGCACUAAUUGUUCCCACGGAAGGCGCUGUUGCCCAAGACUUGGUAGCUCCGACCACUACCUACAUGAUGGCUACAAAGUCUCUAAAUUACUAUUCUCCAACUAUAACUGCAAUUUACCCAACUCCACUUUUGGUAAAAGAAAUUAGUAAAAAUAUAGUACCUCCUAUAGGAGCUGUCGCCAUAGUAAAACAUACAUUUGCUCCUAUAAAUGUUUCUGAGAUUGAAGCUGCUGCUGUAUUAAUACCCGUCGCCGCAGUAGGUGGAAUUUUCCCUAAUGCAAAUCCACUCUUUCCUUUCAAUCGUGAACAUAAUAAACAUCAAACAAGUUCACAAAGCCAUUCAACUCAAUCUUCAUCCACAACAUCCUCAACUUCAUCCACAACUACUAAUCAAAAUCCACAAAGUUCCAAUGACAAUAAUGACAAUAAUAACAAUAAUAACAACAAUAGCAACAAUGUCAACGCAAAUUCUUCAGUGUUGCAAGCAGCUGUAGGAAUUGGUGUCGGUUUAGCUGGUGUUAGUGCUAGCAAAAUCUUUAUUCAACAUCAUGGUCCUUCGGAUAAAUUUGUUGAUCCUGAUGACAAAGAUACUACUAAAUCCUCAACGAGGGAACCCGAUUCUGAUACUAUUUAUGGUUCACAAGCUGCGUCUACUUCGAUGGUUGAUCUAGGUCAAGACACAGGUCAAGACACUGUAGGGUCUGUGGGAAUGGAAAGACAUCACUCUGAUUAG